CAAUUUCUCUCUCCAAUAACACACCCACCCCUUCUGUGUGUCUCUCCUAAAGUGUGUGUUUACUGUUUUGUUUGGUGAGCUUUUCUUCUUUCUCUCUUUCUUCACUGAUACUCAUAGAUACUCCUCCUCAAAUUAAAGGGAGAGAAAGUAAGUUCAUGGGCUGCUUCCCUUGUGGUUCAAAUUCAAACAGAAAUGCUAAGAAGAAGCCUGAUCAUCAGAUCCCAUCAACUUCAGGUAAUCCUGGGAAUAAUUCUGGAAACAAUUCUGGAACCCAGGAUUAUGCUUUUUUUUUUCUCUGUUUUAUUUUAAGCUAAAUUUCCAUAAGGGGGGGGGGGGGGAACGGUUUAAGGAAAAUAUUGCUCAUUGAUGCAUGUUCAAUAGUGGGGUUAAAGCAAACCUGGUAUAUUAAUUUGAGGUUUGAGACAUAAUUUAAUGCUUUUCUGAUUAUAAUUAGAUGGAUUUCUGGGAUUUUCAAUUAGGGGAUAUCGGUUGAAGCUUAGUUUCAGAUCAACGUUAUCAUAUUUUUCUCUUGAGUGUCAACUUGCCUAAUGGACCUCAAUUAUUGAAAAAAAUUUAAAAAUCAUAAAUUGAACGGUGGUCAUCAAUAUUGUUUUUUUGGUUUUUUUUUUUUAUUAUUUGGUCAUCAAUUUUGUUUCUUUUAGUGUUGAUAUUUGUCAUAAAAAUCAUAAAUUGAUAAAUUUUAUACAUCCAAUUGUCUUGGAAAGGUAUGUUCUAUGUUCUCUGUUGGAUUGUUCUUUUUAGUUUAGGAAUCAUACAUUGAAUGGUGUCUGAAGAAGUUUACUGGGUACUGAUAAUAAAAAUGAAUUGCUUUUUUCUUGUUCUUUGGCAUAAUGAAAAAAAUUUAAAGCUUGAAUCAUGCUUAUAUGGUGUGGCAGUUUUCCAAUGGUCACAAGAUUGGCACUAAAACAUGACAUUUUGGUCUUUCUGAUGUGCCCGAGGGUGAACUCUGCAUCAGAUGUUAAGGAGGAGGCUUCUAAGGAUGGGGGAUCUGAUCACAUUGCUGCACAUACGUUUACUUUUCGUGAAUUGGCAGCAGCAACAAAGAAUUUCAGGGCAGAUUGCCUUUUGGGUGAAGGAGGUUUUGGACAAGUAUAUAAAGGGCGACUGGAGAGUACCAAGCAGGUCGUGGCAAUCAAGCAACUUGAUCGUAAUGGGCUGCAAGGGAACAGGGAAUUCCUUGUUGAAGUAUUGAUGUUGAGCCUGCUUCACCAUCCUAAUCUUGUCAACUUAAUUGGCUAUUGUGCUGAUGGAGAUCAGAGACUUUUGGUUUAUGAAUACAUGCCUUUAGGAUCCUUGGAAGAUCAUCUGCAUGACUUGCCGCCAGACAAAAAGCAACUAGAUUGGAAUACAAGAAUGAAAAUAGCAGCUGGUGCUGCAAAAGGCUUGGAAUAUUUGCAUGACAAAGCUAACCCACCUGUCAUAUAUCGUGACUUAAAGUGUUCAAACAUUUUACUUGGUGAAGGCUUUCAUGCAAAGCUAUCUGAUUUCGGCCUGGCCAAAUUGGGUCCUGUAGGUGAUAAGACACAUGUAUCCACUAGAGUGAUGGGAACCUAUGGAUACUGUGCUCCCGAAUACGCAAUGACUGGCCAGCUUACAUUGAAAUCAGAUGUUUAUAGCUUCGGCGUUGUUCUUCUUGAGAUAAUCACUGGUAGAAAAGCUAUUGACAAUUCAAGAGCUGGUGGGGAGCAAAAUUUGGUUGCCUGGGCACGGCCCUUGUUUAAAGAUAGAAGGAAAUUCUCACAAAUGGCUGACCCCCUGCUUCAAGGCCAAUAUCCAGAUAGGGGCUUAUAUCAAGCUCUUGCUGUGGCUGCCAUGUGUGUUCAGGAGCAGCCUAAUAUGCGGCCACUCAUAGCUGAUGUGGUGACUGCCCUCAGUUAUCUUGCCGCACAGAAGUAUGAUCCUGAAGCUCAGCCGACCCAGGGACACCGUUCAGGGUCUUCCACUCCAAGAUUCCGAUAAGAACAGUGAAGUUGAGAAAUAUCAAGCAGGGAGAUUUAUCGACAUGAGUUCCAUUCCCAUAGCAAUCCAAAUAAUAUCCUUGAGAUUCAUUGCCAUGAUGCCUGCUUGUCAAAUUUUGGUAGUAGAGAUAGCAGGUGGAAUGUUCAAACCAAACCAUCUUUCAUUUUGUCCGAAAUUAUUUUUUAUGGACAAUGAGCUCGAGGUUUUGUACCUAAAAUGCCUGCGAUAUAGAGACUCUUCUCUCUGGAGAGAUCAUCCCCAUUAACAAAUCAGUUUUCGACACUUUACUAAGAACAUGUGAUAUA